GCAGCAGCAGCAGCAGCAGCAGCAUCAUCAGCAGUAGACACUCCCACAGACUCAUCAUCAUCAACACCAACACCGGUGACAGCGCCAACAACAACAACAACAUCAACCACGCCUCACCCCUCAAAAGAAGAAGUCCACCCCUCCCGCGCAGAGAUGCUCGAAAACGACGGCGAACCCCCCAACCCAAAUACAAUCGCCGUCAAACGCAAGCACACGGCGGAAGAUUCAGCCGACGCCGAUGCCACAGCGGCAACCGAGGACACCGCCAGCGGCGACCGCUACGAACCCCGCCAGCAGCGCAGACCCCGCAAGCCAGGCUACUAUGAGAAGCAGCUCGCCCACGCCGAAAAGAAAAGAGCCGAGGCCGAGGCCCGCCGCGCCGAGAUCCAGCGCCGCCGCGAGGAGCGCGAGCGCAAGACAGCCGACCGCGAGCGGUACCGCCGGGCCAUGGCGAAAGCGCGCAAGGGCUCCGAGAACGGCGGGCAGCGCAGGCUGGGCAGGGAGAGCGCGCUGCUGCUGGAGAAGGUGAGGCGCAUGGUUGGGGAUUCAAAGUGAGAGGGUAAAACCCCUAGAAAAAAAAGAGGAUGGGAAGAAUGAGCGGGUCAGACCUUACAAGUAGUCUGCCUCGGUCCUCAUGCAUAGCUUGAUACCACAUUGUAUAUAUCAUAUCACAUUGUUAGGGCACAAACGGUU